AUGGUGGCCACGGGCACCGUGCUGAUGGAGCUCUCUCCCCACCAGGCUCUCUUUGCACUCUCCUCCAUGCUGAGACACUUCCCCUACGCCCAGCAGCAGUUCCUCAAGCUGGGCGGCCUCCAGGUCCUCCGGAGCCUCUUCAGGCAGAAGGGGAUGGAGACCCUCCAUGUCCGGGUGGUGACGCUCCUCUACGACCUCAUCGUGGAGAAGAUGCUGCUUGAGGACUCACAGCACGGAGAGCAAAUGGAAGAGAAAAUCCAGCAAUACCGGCAAGUCAAGCUGGUCCCAGCGGUGGUGGAGCAGGACUGGUGCGUGGUGGUUUCCAAUCUGCUGGCCAUGCCAGAGCACGACACGCGGGAGAAGGUCCUCAAGACGGUCGGUGUGCUGAUGGCCUUCUGCAAGGAGCGCUACCGGGGGGACCAGGCCCUCAGCACCACCCUCAGCCUCCUGCGCAGCGAGUACGAGGAGCUGGCGGCAGAGGAGCAGAGGGAAGGGGACAUGGAUGGCUAUUUCGGAGAACUCCUGGGCUCUGUGAACUCUAUCAUUGAGGAGUUACGAUGA